AUGGAUGAAGAUGUCAAGAGAAGUGAUUUAGCAAUGGCUAUUGCUAAGAAUGAUAUGUUUGAUUUUCUCAUUGAUAUUGUACCAAGAGAAGAGAUUCAUUCUCGUACUAAAACAAUAAAGGAUGUUCCUUCAGAGACACCAACACCCACUCCUCAAAUUAAUUCUGACCUCGUUCAAAGUUAUCUUCAACUCCUCACACAACAAGCAGAAGCUGGUACUAGUGAGAGUGGUGAUGGUGCUAAAGGAGAGGCAGAAGGAGGAGGACUAGCAUCGGACUCAGCUCUAGCUAAUUUAGCAGCCACUUCCACUUUAAUGCAACAAGUAUAUAAUCAUUAUCAACCUCAUGAUGAACCUGGUGCUGACUUUGUAACUCUACUUACUUCGAAUCAAGUAGACCAGCUCCCCACGUCUCAACCUCUCACAUCCUCUUCUCAUCUGUCUGAGUUGACACAUCUCAACGGAGAGGGUGUCCAACGUCUUAUUAUUCAUCCAGGGGGUGUGGUUACACAACCAUUCACAACAUUAGAGGAACAUCCCACGGUAACUACAGGAGAGUCAUUAUUCCCACAUCACUCAUCAGGUCUACAAGUUGGAUCAUCUACAGAUGAGUUACAACAGAUCAUUUUGUAA